AUGUUCCAGCGGUUUUGCCCCUGGACACGCUUAGCCGUAGGGAUCACCGUCGCCGCCGUGUUGGCAGGUUGCUUGGCCCAGAAUGACGAAGAUUGCAAGUUGGCCAGGACAGGCCCCCCAGCCACAAUAGUGCCUAUCGACGAGGAAAGCCGGAACGGCACGAUCCUGGUUGACAACAUGCUGAUCAAGGGGACGGCGGGAGGCCCUGACCCCACCAUCGAGCUCUCCUUGAAGGACAACGUGGAUUACUGGGUGAUCCUCGACCCCAUCAGCCAGAGGCUCUAUCUAAACAGCACUGGCCGAGUUCUGGACAGAGAUCCACCCGUGUCCAUCCAGUCCAUCGUGGUGCAGGUGCAGUGCGUGAACAAGAAGGUGGGCACCAUCAUCAACCACGAGGUGCGGAUCGUGGUGAGGGACAGGAACGACAACUCGCCCCGCUUCCAGCGGCAGCAGUACCGCGUGGCAGUGAACGAGUUGACUCCGGUGGGUACAACCAUCUUCACGGGCUUUUCUGGCAACAGCGGUGCCACGGACAUCGACGACGGGCCCAACGGGCAGAUCGAGUACGUCAUCCAGUACAACCCCGACGACAAGGCUUCCAACAGGACCUUUGACAUUCCUCUCACUUUGUCCGGAGCUGUAGUUUUACGGGAAAGGCUCAAUUACGAAGAAAAGACUCGUUACUUGGUGAUUGUUCAAGCAAAUGACCGAGCCCAGAACCUUAAUGAGCGAAGAACAAGUACGACCACGCUCACGGUGGACGUGCUCGACGGGGAUGACCUGGGGCCCAUGUUUCUCCCUUGUGUCUUGGUGAACAACACUCGGGACUGCAGGCCGCUCACCUACCAAGCGAGCUUGCCGGAACUGACCGAUCCUGCAUACGUGAAUCCCAUCGAGGUCAUUCCACCGAUACAAGCCAUAGAUCAGGACCGAAACAUCCAGCCUCCUUCGGAUCGACCAGGCAUCCUCUACUCCAUCCUAGUAGGUACCCCUGAAGACUAUCCCCAGUACUUCCACAUGAACCUCACCACGGCCGUGCUCACGCUCCUGAAGCCCAUCAACAGGGACCUGCACCAGAAGUUCGACUUGGUUAUUAAGGCUGAGCAGGACAACGGCCAUCCUCUCCCUGCCUUUGCCAGCUUACACAUAGAAGUCCUCGACGAGAAUAACCAGAGGCCUUACUUCACGAGGUCGACGUACGAGGGCUUCAUCCUCGAAUCCUCCCCCGUGGGCACCACCAUCUCCGAGAACCUCAACCUGACCUCGCCGCUGGGGAUCGUGGUGUUGGACAACGACGUAGAGGAGACGAAGGACCCUCAGCUCCAGCUCUUUCUCAACGACUACACGGCGUUUUUCACUGUGACUCAGACGGGCAUCACCCGCUACCUCACCCUGCUGCAGCCCGUGGACAGGGAAGCCCAGCAGCUCUACACGUUUUCGAUGACGGCGUCCGACGGCGUGCAGGAGAGCGCCCCGGUGACCGUCAACAUCGUCGUGAUAGAUGCCAACGACAAUUCCCCCACCUUCUCCAACAUCUCGUACAGCGUCAAGAUUUACACGGACAUGGGGCCCGGAGAAGGCGUCAUAAAGCUCACUGCCGUGGACGCGGACGAGGGACCCAACGGACACAUCGUGUACGAAAUUUUGGCCGGGGACCAGGGAGACUUUGUCAUCGACGCCCGGAGCGGCCUCAUCACCAUUGCUCCGGGGGUCGUGCUGUCCGUGGGCCGCUCCUACGCGCUCACCGUGAAGGCGUCCGACCGCGCUCCCCCUGCGCAGAGAAGGAGCUCCAUCACCACGGUUUACAUCGAGGUCCUUCCACCCAAUAACCAGAGCCCUCCCCGUUUUCCCCAGCUGAUGUACAGCCUGGAAGUGAGCGAGGCCAUGCGGAUCGGGGCCGUUCUGUUAAACCUGCAGGCUGCGGAUAGAGAAGGAGACCCCAUCAGAUACCUCAUUCAGAAUGGAGAUCCUCAGCAAGUUUUUAACCUCUCACAAAACUCUGGACUGCUGUCCUUAGCAAAGCCCUUGGACAGAGAGAGCACCGACCGCUAUAUUCUCAUCGUCACGGCCUCGGAUGGCAGACCAGACGGGACCUCAACAGCUACUGUUAAUAUAGUGGUGACUGAUGUAAAUGACAACGGGCCCAUUUUUGAUAUGUUUCUGCCUAAAAACCUCUCUGUCCAGGAGGAGGAAGCCAAUGCUUUUGUCGGCCAAGUAAGGGCUACAGACGCAGAUGCCGGAGUAAAUGGGCAAGUUCGUUACAGCCUGGCAAACUUCAACCACCUUUUCCGCAUCACGUCGAACGGCAGCAUUUACACCGCGGUGAAGCUGAACCGGGAGGUGAGGGACUAUUACGAGCUCAUUGUGGAAGCAACGGAUGGAGCUGCGGACCCCCGCCGCUCCACGCUGACGCUGGCCAUCAAGGUGCUGGACAUCGAUGACAACAGCCCCGUUUUCACAAAUUCGUCCUACGCAGUCUGCGUGCCGGAAAACCUGCCGCCUGGCACCGUCUUCCUGCAAAUAGAGGCUAAGGAUGUGGAUCUCGGCUCCAACGUUACCUAUCGGAUACGGACGCAGGAAGCACAGCAGUAUUUCGCACUAAACAAGUACACGGGAGAGCUAUCGCUCCUCAAGUCCUUGGAUUACGAAUCCUUCUCCGACACGGAAGCCACCUUCACCUUUCUAGUGGAAGCCUUCGACAGCAAGGGCACCAUGCCCCCGGGUCUUACUACUGUCACUGUGAGAGUCAAGGACAUGAACGAUUACUCUCCAGUGUUUAGCAAAAAGCUCUACAGGGGAAUGGUGGCUCCUGAUGCAGCCAAGGGCACUGUUAUCACCACUGUUUCAGCUGAGGACCAAGAUCCUCCGGGCACCCCGGCGAGCCGGGUCCGCUACAAGGUGGAUGUCGUGCAGUUCCCCUACAGCGCCAGCAUCUUUGACGUGGAGGAGAACUCGGGCCGCGUGGUGACCCGGGUGAACCUCAAUGAAGAGCCAAGCACCGUGUUUAAGUUGGUCAUCAUUGCGUACGACGAUGGGGAUCCUGUGAAAUUCAACACCACUACGGUGGAAAUUGCUGUCCUGCAGCCUUCGGUAAUUCCCCGGUUUACCCAGGAUGAAUACAGGCCACCAGCAGUGAGCGAGAGCGCUCCUCAAGGCACCGUGGUCGCGGUGGUCCUCGCAGCGGCCCUGAACCAGACGGUUGUCUACUCCAUCGUCUCGGGAAACGAGGAGGAUGUGUUUGCUAUCAACAACCAGACGGGUGUGAUCUCAGUUAAAAAGCCUCUGGACUACGAGAGGGUGAACAGCUACGAGCUCCGAGUUCAAGCAGACUCGUUACAAGUGGUCCGGUCCAAUCUGCGCGUCCCUUCCAAAAGUAAUACAGCCAAGGUGUUUAUUGAGGUGCAGGAUGAGAACGACCAUGCCCCCGUCUUUACGAAAAAACUCUACAUUGGAGGAGUGUCAGAAGAUGCGAAAAUGUUUUCUUCUGUGCUUAAAGUUAAGGCUGAUGAUAAAGACACUGGGAAUUACAGUGCCAUGCAAUACAGACUCAUCAUUCCUCCAAUCAAGGAUGGUAAAGAAGGUUUUGUGAUAGAAGCUUAUACAGGGCUAAUAAAAACUGCUAUGCUGUUCAAAAAUAUGAGAAGAUCCUAUUUCAAGUUUCAGGUCAUUGCAACCGACAAUUAUGGGAAAGGACUGAGCAGCAAAGCGGAUGUGCUUGUCUCAGUGGUCAACCAGUUGGACAUGCAAGUCAUCGUCUCUAAUGUGCCCCCCACCCUCGUGGAGCAAAACAAAGAUCAGCUGAUAGGGAUUUUGGAACGCUACGUCCAAGACCAAAUUCCUGGUGCAACAGUUGUGGUGGAAUCGAUUGGAGCGCGGAGGUUUGGGGAUGGAUACUCGGAGGAGGAUUAUACCAAGUCUGACCUGAUGGUCUAUGCGAUUGACCCUCAAACAAACAGAGCUAUAAUGAGGAACGAACUUUUUAAGUUCCUGGACGGCAAACUGCUGGACAUCAACAAGGAGUUCCAGCCAUACCUGGGCCAAGGGGGGCGCAUCCUGGAGAUCCGCACGCCAGAUGUGGUAGCCAACGUCAAGAAGCAGGCGCAAGCCGUGGGCUACACGGAAGGUGCUUUGCUUGCUCUGGCUGUCAUAAUCAUCCUUUGCUGUAUGCCAGCUAUUUUAAUAGUUAUGGUCAGCUACAGACAAUUCAAAGAGCGCCAGGCGGAAUGCGCCAAGACCGCGCGUAUCCAGAUGGCCUUGCCGGCGGGCAAGCCGGUGAGCGCGGCCGCCAACAACCUCUACGAAGAGCUGGGCGACAGCACCAUGCGAGGAUAUGCACAGCAAGAGCAACAGCAGUUGCUGAGACCUUCUCUUCUCAGACCAGAGGAGUUAAGUAUGGAGUCUGGAAUUGACCCAGGGCAGGAAUACUAUGGGCAAGAUUACUACAGUUAUGAGCAUGGGUAUGAGCUGCCUCAGUACGGGAGUCGCCGCCGGUUGCUGUCUCCUUCGGGAAUGUACGACGAAUACGGGGAGGUGGUUGUGGAAAACGAUGGCGGCUAUUACUAUAGUCCGCACGGAUCGACAACAGAAGAAUGGGCCAGGAAGAAAAGGAUCAAGUUGAUAGUCGACCCCGAAUAUGAGACCAGCUCCACCGGAGAAGACAGCGCUCCGGACUCCAUCCAAAGGAAUCGUCUGAGUAACCCCAAUAUCCAGAACAACGUCAACGGUAACGUCUACAUAGCCCAGAACGGCUCGGUUGUCAGAACGCGCCGCGUUUGCCUUGCUAAUAAUUUAAAAGUCACGUCCCCAGUGAGGCUGGGGAAGCACUUCAAGAAACUGGACAAGCUCGCGGUGACGCAUGAGGAGAACGUCCCGCUCAACACCUUGUCCGCAGGACCGCCCUCGAGCGAUAAAAUAAACACCAGACCUUGUAGUGUCUCGUUCGCGCCCUCGGCUAUAGGGGCCGAGCACGGGGCAACAAAGCCAGGGGGGACCAAACUGAAAAGCACAGAAGAGCAGGAGUCGGUGGUGGACAACGAGGACGUCAAAGAGCCCUUGGAGUCGCACAGUGAACACACGCAGUCCGACGAAGAGGAGCUCUGGAUGGGCCCUUGGAAUAACCUUCACAUACCAAUGACAAAACUGUGAUUUUUUUUUUAUUUUUACUUCAGUUUAUAAUAAACUGCGCUUUUUAUUGUCACUGAGGAAAAUGUAUGAAAUUUGUAUCGUGCACAUAUGUUGUAUACUACAGACAACAUGCUUUAAAGGCUAAAAGGAAAAAAAAUUUGCACUCAUAUUUGUACCAAUUGUCCUCCCCAACGACUAUUUUGACAGGCUCCCAUUGCACUAAGCAAUCCUUCAUUUGAGUUUAUUAGUUCUUUUGGAUCUUGGUUAUCGUCUAAUAAACGGCAAAACUACU